AAUAUUUCCUCAGUCAAUCUGGUAUUACCCAGCAGAUAUGUUGCUUUUAUAAAUAAAUACCCAGCCUUGAACCAAAUUAAUAUUAUCUUUGGAAUAAAUAAUAUCAUAUACGUUGUACAGUGAGUUUAGUUCACUGAAUUAAAUGUGAUAGUUAUGUUUAUUUACUAUUAUUUCAUUAUUUUAUCAUUUAUAGUGCAAUGUUUUGCUUUGUCUGAUUCAAAUCCUUUCGAGGCGCAAGACAAAGGAGUGUGGAACAGCAUUUCCCACCUCAAUCAUGUUAGAUGGAGAAGAUCAGCCCAGACUCCAACAGUAUUCCAAUCGAUAGGCAACUGGUUCAAGAAGAAUUUCUCUGGUGGUAGGAAAAAUACCGCAACGGAGGCUCCAGACAGUCCACAGAGUCCAAAGUGCGAGUUGCCAGGGUUCCCGGAGCACGGCUACUACUCCGCCAGCGCCGCCGCCGCGCCGGGCGCGAGGGUCCGGUUCAUCUCCCUGAACUACUCGUGCCACGCCGGCUACCAGCUGGAAGGACCAGCUGAGGUGUUCUGUCACGACGGGGCUUGGAGGAAUAACCCGCCUCGAUGCAUACACCGCUGCACCCUGGACCUGGACAACCCGAGUGUGGAGUACCACUGCCAGGUCCCGGACAGCAACGGCGGCUGGCGCGGCUGUCGGCGGCACGAGCCCGAGGGCACGGUGGUGGAGGCGCAGUGCCGGCCGCCCUACUUCUACUCGCCUUCUGGCGUUGCUGUCAUCACGUGUGUCCGGGGAGAGUGGACUGAGAUGACGCCUUGUUUACCAGACUGCGGUCGCGUGACGACGGCGGGCACGGGACUGGUGGCGGGCGGGCGGUCGGCGCGGCGCGGGGAGCUGCCCUGGCACGUGGCCGUCUAUCGCAAGGACUCGGAGCCCUACAGGCAGGUCUGCGGCGGAUCCAUCGUGUCGCCGGCUCUGGUUAUAUCAGCUGCCCACUGUUUCUGGGACGACACGCUGAAGCUACUAGACGCGGCGAUAUUCGCGGUGGCGGCCGGCAAGAUCUACAGCCCCUGGAACGAAACACACGACGACGGGGCACGUCAUACCAAUGUGACAAACAUAGUGGUGCCGGAUAAGUUCUACGGCGCGGAGACGAACUACGACUACGACUUGGCGCUGGUGUUUGUGGAGAAGCCCUUUGUUUACCAGAACAACAUCCGGCCAGUCUGCGUCAACUUCAACCCCGUGCUGGAGGCCGAGCAGCUACGGGCAGGCAGCUAUGGGAAGGUGGCGGGCUGGGGGCUGACGGGACGCAACUCUUCCUCAUCCACGGUUCUGAAAGUAGUCUCUUUGCCCUUCAUGGAUGAGGGCACGUGCCUGGCGGCGGCGCCCACAGGGUACCGAGACCUGGUCACCAGCCAGAAGUUCUGCGCCGGAUCUGAAGAUUCAAAAACAGUUUGCAAGGGCGACAGCGGUGGCGGCUUCGUGUUCCCCAGCAAGGAGCUGGGCGUGGUCCGCCACUACCUGCGCGGGGUCGUCUCCACGGCUCCGAAAUCCUUCGACGCCUGCAACAUCGGAACAAUCACCACUUUCUUCCACUUGUCCAAGCUAGAGGCUUAUAUCAGACCAUAUUUGACGUUAAAAAGUUAUACACCUGUUCACGGGGGAAAAUCUUCAGGCAGCUGCAAAUUGAGGUCAGACGACCCUUACAUCGACUACCUCUGUCUGAUCUCGGUGUCGGACCCACAGCGGCGCAACAGCCAGGGCUACCGACCCUGCGCCACCUUUGAGGCCAAUGGAACCGUCGUGGAGGUUCGAUGCAACUCUCCCGUGCACUCUCUGCAGUCGCAAAACCAAUUCGUUACUUGCAGGGACGGGUAUUGGGACUUUGAGCCUAAAUGUAUCCUAGAGUGUGGUAGGACUGAUUUCAACGAGGCAGUCCCGCUGGCGAGUGUGACGUCACGCCCCCCGCACAACCUGGCUCCGUGGCGGGCCGGCGUCUACCUUCUCAGAGACGAAGGCUACAUGUUGAUCUGUGAAGCCUCCAUACUCAAGGAAAAACUGAUUAUUACAGCCGCUCACUGUUUUUGGGACCAAUCAUCAAAGUCGUCUCGUAGUGAGAAGUUGUUUGCUGUAGCUGUGAAUAAGCAACACAGGGCUUGGGACGAUAUUAGAGACGCACCCUACGAACAAAAAAGAAACGUAUCCCGAAUAGUAUAUCCUGCAAAUUUUACAGGUUCAGCAACUAAGUACGCUGAAGAUUUGGCACUGGUGCAUUUGUCUGCUCCUAUAAAGUUUCACACAUCAGUGUUGCCUAUUUGCGUCGAUUUAAACGAUGUGUUUGAAAGGUUCACGUUUAGUAAUGAAGCGACUAGUGUUGGUCAGAUGAUUGGUUGGGGUUUCGAGAGUAGAGACGCGCCGGCCGAGGAGGUCCAUAUGUCUGACUAUGAAUACCUAACGCCCGCCGCGUGUCGGGCGAGGCGUCCAGAAAUUACACAUAUAAUGGCCCCCACGAAGUUUUGCGCUGCAGUGAAAGAUGGUGGGCUGGUGUGCAAGGGCGACAGCGGCGCGGGGCUGGUGUUCCCCGCCGUGGAGAAGGGCGUGACCCGGCACUACCUGCGCGGCGUGGCCUCCAGCAUGCUCUUUAACGGAGACGUUUGCAGCAAGGCCAUCGUGCUGUUCACGCAAGUCACUAAGAUGAAACAGUUCUUUUAUCUGAAUUCUUAGCGUGUACUACCUAGAUAUGCUAUGUGAGUAGUUAAGAAUCCAUGCUAUGUUUUUAUUAAAGGGUCCAUUAUAAAUA